GAGUUUUGAAUAGGAAGAAGAGAGGCAAAGCAAAUAAACAAACAAGUGACAAAAUGCAAAACAAAAGGAACAUACUGAUCGGUCAUGCACGUUUAAUAUGCGGUUUGUAAGUUGUAUGAAACAAUGGUCCGCUGAUGUUUCCGUAAAUCUGAAGAAAAACAGUUUUCGGGGUGCCUUAGUACCAGGACUUCCCUAUGUCUAUUUUAGUAUUUUCGUCUGAACCAAUCGUUGCGUGAAGAUGUGAACUUACCGAUACAUGUAUAUAGGUAGCUAAUUUGCUUAUUGUCCGAACUUCCUAAAUAUAGAACAUCGCCGGCAACGAUGUCUAUCACAAUGUGAUGAAGUCGUGUUGUUUAUUCGCUUGGAAGAGUCGAAUUUUGUGGGCUAAGGUACAUCUAAAACAAUCGUACAUUGACUGAUCCUUUCAUGUCUUCUUAGCUUCAUGCAUGUACUCCAGCAAUGAUUGGCUUUUCGUCUCUAGAUUUUAACUUUCAUAUCAUUUGCAAUUUUAGAGUAAGCAUUUUAAUUGAUACUAUUUUAUGAUAGCAUGAAUAUGGUUUUGAUGUAAAAUUUUGAAUGAGCUGCAUAUAUGUCGUGAAAUUUUUGCACCAAUUGAACUGUUGAGAAAUUGUUGAUGUUUAUACAUGUAUAACUGGUCGACAACUCCCCUGGACAGUGGAGGAGAAUCCGACAAUAGUCCAGGAACGCGAAGAACAUGUUGGAACAAUCAAUCAAAAGACUUUGAAUUUCAAGUAUACAGAAUGCAGGAUUACUCUGACGAGGGUUCAGAUAAUGAGGCAGAUUUCAGUAGAGAAUCAGACCUCAGAAAUGUCAGAGCACAGAUUCAAAAAGCUGAACGGGAAAAGGCCAAACUGGAAAAGCAAAUUUCUGAAAAACAUAUGUUAGAGCAGAGAUUAAAAGAAGUUAGCAAAUCAGUGUCAGAUCUUAAAAGUGUCAAAAAUUCUGGAAAUGUUUCAACAGCCUCUUCAAGUAGAGGGCAAGGAAUUAGUCGUGGUCGCAAUUCAGGACAUGAGGUACCUUCUUCAUCUGGAAGCGGUGUGGUUGACAUGUUGAAAGAGCAAAGAGAAAAGUUGAACAGACUUACUAAUCAGCAAAGGGAGUCCGGCUCCACUCGACAGGAGGUGGAAGAAGAUGACAAAUCCGAGUCUGAUGAAGGGCAGGAUGACUCAAAGAAUUUGGACAAAGUAAUGAGUUUGGAACACAAGAUGAAACUCCAACAACAUCGGGACACAUUCGUGGAAAGUCUCAUUCCGGACGAUAUACUCAAUGAUUUAAUUGCAAAUAAGGUGCUGUUGAUCGGAGAUGUGAGUCGGAUUAAGGAGAAAAAUACGCAAGAAGCAAUGAAUGAAGAGUUACUGAACAAUCUGGGCCGACGAUCAGAUCGUGCCUUUUAUGUGUUUGUCAAGUCUCUGCGUAAAACCCUUCAGGGGUACUUAGCUGAUCUAAUUGAUGAGCCAGUUCCUAAACCUACAACUAGAAAAACCAAACGCAAACGCAAAAAAGCGGAGCUGAAUGUUAGCGUUGAUUGUGAGAGUGUUCUCCCCUUACCAAAGAAGAAACCUCAAUGUUCCUGCCAGGAGGUUGAAGAACAGAUUCUCAUCAUGGCACGAACAGCAUACAGUACGAUACGUCGUCGUGAUAAUACUCCUGCUGCAUUUGAACAAUUCAAGAAAGAAUUGUCCCAAACAAAUGACAUUAUAAAAGAUACUGCUGAAAUAAUGCAUACACUAAAAAUCUUAUGUAAACAUGGUGAUGAAAUCUCCGAUAUUUCGUAUGGAAGUGUGAAGUUUACGAUGCAUUUUAUAUCAUUACGGAAUGUUGUUAAACUCUGGGAUAUGUACAGAGGUGGGGCCUUGUUAGAUCUGCUACAGCGGGGCCUCAUCACUAAAAGUCUGCUAAAGAAAUGUCAGGCUCGGGACGUACGCCUUCGUGUUAGGAUACCGGAGGAAGAAUAUGUACAGUGUGUGAAAGAUCUAGAAAGUCAAGAGCUGCCAUCACCAGAGAAGUGCUGUAAAUCCAGCCACACCAGAGUUCUGCGGAGCCUACACCGAAAUGGAAAGGAGACAAACGGAGACGUGGACAAAUGUCGAACACGUUACGCCUUCAGGGAAAUACAGAAAAAUCUGACGUCCAGUGGAGAAGUUGCCCAGUUAAAGGCAAAGGUCACAGAAUGUGAGAAGGUGCCACGCUCAACAACGAGAAAGAGACUGCUGUUUCAAACGCGUCUCCGAUCUGCUGUCUCUUGACAAGGGAAUAAGUGCUAUCAUGCCUGAUUCUAAUGACUAUAUAAGAGUUCAAAUUUCAUGUCUCUUCUCGUUUUGAAGAACUGGAAACAGGAACAGUCAUUUCUGGGAAGUUUUGUAGCAGUAAUUCAGAAAUUAGGUAAAUGUAACAUAAAUUUGUUGGAAAAGAUGAGAUAGAGUGAUGAGAAUGACUUAUAUUGAAUUGAAUCAAAUUUGAAAUGAAACCUUCAGAAGUAUGAUUACAGUGAGAAGAAUCUACAAUGAUACAAUAAUGGCAGCUUUUGACAACUGUCUUCAGCAUUCCUUCAUAAUCUAAGUCAAAUUAUCACACGUCAUAUCUCAGGAAAUAGGGUAUGCUGUAUGAUGUUCUAUUGUGGUUUCAUUAUAAAGCAGUGUAGAUGGUUCCUGCAAUAAAUUCACAAAAUCUGAUUCUAGUGUAAAAUUUGUCUGACAGAUUUCUCUGAUAAUACACUACACCUUACAGCAUCAAGCUUCAGCUAGAUAGAAUUUGAUUAUAAUACCAUUUUAAUAGGAAAUGUGUUAUCUGAUAAUUAUAUAAUUUAUCAUUCAGUUUGCUAUAUGAAUUUAAAGUGUCCAGUUAUUGUAUAUAAAACGACAAAUUCUAUUGUAAUGUCAUGUGUAAGUGUUUGAAUUGUCAGGUUUGUCAUAUGAAAGUUACAACAGUAUGUGUCUGAUCAUGGUACAAAUGUUUUCAAUGACGGUAUCAACAUAAACGUUACAAAACUGGACAACAAGCACCCAUUUUAGUCACAAGAAAUCACAAUUCGACCACAAUGUAUAAAUUCCAGACUGGAAGUUACACUUGAACUACUAGAUUAAGAAGGAUACUAAUUUUACAUCAACAUGGCAGACAUUAAUUAACUAAAGAUAUAUAUAUAUAUAUAUUAGACAAUUAAAGUUAAUGAGUAAACAAAAAUAUUGUGAAUAAUGUGCCCACAUUUUAUGUUUGGAGGAGAGAGCUUAAGUUCUGGGUGAAAUUAGUCAGCAGUUAAAAUAAACAAUUUAUUCCAAGCUUUUUAUUGUUUAUAAUCUUACUUAGAAAUAAAUGUACAAUAGGGACAAUUUUAAAAAAUUUAAUGAAAAAGAAAAUAGGGACACUACAUCAUAUUUAUACAUAUGUAAUUAGAAACACACACACUCUCCCUCCCUUUUUUUAAUAAAAUGAAAUCCUGUGAAGGUAUCCCGUCCCAUUGUUUGUAUGAUUUAUCUAAAGAAAUGAGUUGAUGUGAACUUCACUUGGAAUUUAAAGUUUUUAUCUUUUUUUACAAAGAAAAUGUUCACACAGUACUUACUGUUUUCAUGGAUCAAGUUUUAUGUUAAUUUCUUUACUUGAAUUUGUAUUUUAUUUAUUAAAGGUGAGAAAAUAUGAAAAGUGCUUUUACUAAACUGAACACUAUUUUAUAAGUACAUAUAUUCAAUGGUUUAACCACACUGUGUGGAUGUGAAAAGAAAGAAAUGGUUUAAAAUUGAAUGAAAAACAAAGAUAAAGAGCUUCAAUUUUUUUAUAUGAUUCUCAUUUGAUAGUAAGUGUGAAUUCUUAAAUCAGUAUUGAACAGAUCAUGAAGAAUUAUAAAUCAUUUUUUUUUAUAUAUAUCAUUCAUCAUUGGAGUAUAUUUUUAAAGACAUUGUAAAUAUUGGUAAUUUAAUAGAAUGCAAAAUAUAUGAUAUUAGUGUUACAUGUUGAGGAGAUAAGAGAGAUGUCUAUUUAUUUUUAAUGUUUGUUAGUGGUAUUGUGGUACAUGUAUGGUGGAUUUUGGUGUCCUGGAGUGUGUGGUUUUAUAUACUGUUCUACUGUUGUUCUGAAUUUUGUUUGUUCGCUGGGUGUAACACCCUAUGCACUAAGUGCUACAAUUUUUCUUUAUCAUUAACACUAUCAAUAUUAUGUACUUUCAUGUUGAUAUUUGUUACAUUGACAAACAUUAUCAAAAUCUAGGAGUCUGUCAGAUCUUAAGCCUGUUUAAUGCCUCAGAAUGUAUGUUAUUUUGUCAGAUCCUAAGCCUGUUUAAUGCCUCAGAAUGUAUGUUAUUUUGUCAGAUCCUAAGCCUGUUUAAUGCUUUUGAAUUUUGUACGUUGAUUCUGGAUGCAUUUUGUUUUCUACAAAAUGACAGUUUGUAAAUUAGAAAAGCUUGAAAUCCUAUGAAAUGUUAAUACAAGUUUGUUGUUUGGAAAUUCAGUUCAGAAUUUAUACAGAAUAACUAAUGACAGUUUCUAAAUUCAAACACAAGUUGUACCUUGCCAAAGAUUUAAUGUUUUAAUUUGACAGGAAACAUAUAAUGCUAACUAGUUUCCAGUUAAGAUUGAAUUUUUAAAUUUUGCAGAUUUUCAAUGUUUGAAUUAUU